CGUGUGGAUGCCUCCACUCCCUUGCUGGAUGAUUCCAUCUCUGUGAUGAAAGGGUUAUCCGGCAGCCGCAGCCACCACCACGUGGUGACGUGUGACCCCUCUUUUGAGUCCAUGGGUCACCACUUGGACCACAAACCCUACCUCAUCAGCCAGAUCGACAACCCCCACCCGGUGGACCAUUCGUACUACUCCCAGAGAAGCCCCUACCAGCCUGACUGCGUGGUGCCUUAUGGGACCUUCCCUCGCCGACACUACAGCUCCCAGCAUGAGCUGAAGGAUGAAAUGGCUGUGGUUCCCUACACUGGCGGAGGGGUUCCAGCCAGCAAGGGCCAACAGCGGCUCCCUGUUGCCCUUUUGGAUCAGUUCGACCGGCAACUCCCAGUGCCUCGGGACGGCUAUCACACACUGCAGUACAAGCGAGCCGCUGCAGCCUUGGAGCAACGAAGCGACAGUCCUGGCCGAAUCCGACACCUGGUGCACUCAGUUCAGAAGCUCUUCACCAAGUCCCAUUCACUAGAGGGCCCACACCAUGGUAACAGCCAUGGCAAGGGCAGCAUCAAUGGAGGAAAGGCCAGCCCCGAUGGAGAACCUCCUGCAAUUCGGCACCGCAAGCGCAGCAAGAGCCGGGAACGCUGCAAGUCGGCGGAGCCCAAGAACCGGACACCGCCUUCUGGCUACUGGAGUUCAGAUGAAUUGGAGCGUGAGGCCUGCCUGUUUCACCACGGACCACCGGGUGUCAUGACCAUGGGCCGUCACCCGGACAAGUCCCAGUCCCAGUACUUCCUGGAGGCUUACAACACCAUCAAUGAUCAAGCGCUUAAAAACUCGCGCAGCAACAACGAUUUGGGCAAGUGCUCGACGUGCACAAGCAUCCCGCUGAGCGUGGACGCUUCACAGCUCGUGAAGAAGAGCUCGUGGUCGUCCUCUCUCACGGUGAGCAGAGCACGUCAAGUCUACCAGAAGGCCUCGGUAAAUGUAGAUAAGGCUCUAGUGAAAGCAGAGGCUUGUCAGCAGGAGCGAUCAUGCCAAUUCUUGCAGGUCCCUCAGGAUGAGUGGGGUGGUUUUCCGCUGGGCAAAGAUGAGGACAUCCCAUGCAGACGCAUGCGCAGUGGCAGCUACGUCAAGGCAAUGGCGGAGGACGAUAGUGGAGACUCAGACGGCAGCCCCAAACCCUCGCCAAAAAUGCAGGCGCGACGGGCCAGUUACCUCAAAGCCACACAGCCAUCGCUCACUGAGAUGACCACCCUAAAGAUCUCCCAAGAACACUCUCCAAAACUGCAGAUCCGGAGUCAUAGCUACUUGCGGGCGGUGAGUGAAGUUUCCAUCAAUAGGAGCCUGGACACCCUGGACCCCAAAGCUCUGCUAGCCUCUCCCCAAUAUCGCUCGCGCAACGAGAGCUACAUGAGGGCUAUGAGCACCAUCAGCCAGGUGAGUGAGGUGGAGGUGAACGGGCAGAUCGAGGCCAUGUGUGAGAGUGUGUUUAAUGAAAUGGAGUCUCAUGCCGUGGACGCCCUGGACCUGCCCAUGCCUGGGUGUUUCCGCAUGAGGAGUCACAGUUACGUGCGUGCCAUUGACCAGGGCUGCUCGCAGGACGACGACAGCCCUUUGCUCCCGGCCUCCCCACCAAGGACCACCACUACUGUCAGAACCAUCCAGAGCAGCACAGUAUCAUCAUGUAUCACCACCUAUAAGAAGACUCCUCCACCGGUUCCUCCCCGCACCUCCACCAAACCCUUCAUCUCCAUCACAGCUCAGAGCAGCACAGAGUCUGCGCAGGAUGCCUAUAUGGACGGUCCUGGAACGAGGGGUGAACCUGUGCUCCACUCCGGCCUGAGCAAUUCCACUGAGAGCAUUGACAGCAUGAAGGCGCUGACGGCAGCCAUAGAGGCGGCCAACGCUCAGAUCCACGGCCCCGCCAGUCAACACGUCAGCAACAGCACCAUGACCAUCACUGCCCCGUCCUCACCACUGCCCCUGCCCGUGCCCGUGCCCAUGCCUGUGCCUGUCCCCAUACCCAUACCAGCCCUGGAGGACGUCCGACGCGAUGUGCUCAGGAAGAGCAGGUGCCUUUCUAUUGGCAUUCAGGUGGAUGGCCCAGAGGAGCAGGAGCUGGAGGACCAGUCCAAGUUCCAGUCAGUGGGUGUUCAGGUUGAAGAGGAGCAUGGUCACCGGCGGUUCAUUCGCUCUAACAGUGUGACGACAGCGGUUCAAGCUGAUUUGGACACUCCAGACUACACCCCGGCAGACUCUCCGGUCACAGAUUUCCCCACUGCUGCAUGCUUGUCCCGACAGUACUCACGAGACGCCGCCACCUCCACCGUCAGCAUUCAGGGCUCAGGGAAUCACUAUCACGCCUGUACCUCUGACGACUACGAGGAUGUUGGUUUCGACCCCUCCAUCCUGCCUCCUCCAGACCCCUGGAUUGACAGCGUCAUAGAGGACCCUCUGGAAGUGGUGGGUCGCUCUGUGUGUCAGCGUGAUGGCCGUUGGUUCCUCAAGCUGCUGCAGGCUGAGACCGAGCGCAUGGAGGGCUGGUGCAGACAGAUGGAGCAUGAUGAGAAGGAGAACAAGAUGCCUGAUGAAGUCCUUGGGAAGAUCCGCGGUGCAGUGGGAAGUGCACAAUUGCUUAUGUCCCAGAAGUUUCAGCAGUUCAGGGAGCUGUGUGAGGAGAAUCUGCAGAACCCAAACGCUCACCCACGGCCUGUGGCUCAGGAUCUUGCAGGAUUCUGGGACAUGCUUCAACUUUCCAUUGAGAACAUCAGCUUAAAGUUUGAUGAGCUUCACCAGCUCAAAGCCAACAACUGGAGACCCCUUGACCCCCCUGAGCGAAAGGAGAGAAGGCUGCCUCCCCCAGUGCCAAAGAAACCCCCGAAAGCCCACCCUCCUCUGGCCAGAGACCGCUCGCUGGAGAGCACAGAGAAGCAGCGGCAGGAGGCCCGCAAGCGUUUGAUGGCGGCCAAACGAGCUGCUUCAGUGCGCCAGAACUCGGCCACCGAGAGCGCAGACAGCAUCGAGAUCUAUAUACCUGAAGCCCAGACCAGACUAUGAAACUGCCAAACAUGAAAACACACUCUAACACCCAACUGCAGAGCACAACACGCCAUACAGAUCUAUAUUUGCCUAAUGUUAAGACCAUUGUAAAUUCAGAGCGACACACACCAGCACCAUGACAGCACAGUAGUAGUGAUUAGGCCUUCAAAAAGUGACACACAUUUCUAUCAUUUCAAGACUUAUUUUAAGCCAAUCAAAAUGAGGCUGUAGGUUGUACUGUUUUGUGAUCAAGCUAACUCUCACAGCACUCUUUGACACAAAUCCAUACAUUUCUUAUUUCUGGCUGUUCUUUCUAUGAAGAAAUUUCAGCCGAGGUAGUGCCCCCUUGUCGGUUAGGCCUAGUAACGCUAUAUCUUAUUGUAUAACUAUUAUCUGAGAGAAAUCACUCAGCACAUGACUUGCCGGUCAGCGGGAUAUAAUCUCAAUUCUUAUAGUUUGACUGGAAUGAAAGCAUUUUUUUAAGGUCAAUAUUUUUAACCCCUUAAGAAUUUAUUUCUCUCAAUACAGGCUGGCUACAGAGUAAACCACUGUUGAACAAUGACUUAAAUACCCAAAGUUGCCUAGUUCAGUGUUUCCCAACCCGGUUCCUGGAGGCACACCAACAGUACAUAUUUUGUAUGUCUCCCUUAUCUAACCCAUUCGUGUCAGGUUGUGGAGUCUCUUCUAAUGUUCUGAUGAGUUGAUUCAGGUGUGUUUGAUUAGGGAGAGGUUGAAAAUGUGUACUGUUGGUGUGCCUUCAGGAACAGGGUUGGGAAACACUGGCCUAGUUAACCAUAACCUGUUAAACAGCACUUGGAAAAUAUUUGAAAAACAUAGAGAAUGUUACAGCGGGUCUAAUAAUUUGGUCUUCAACCACUUUAGAAAUUUUAAUUAUUUUUAAAAAAAAAAUCCUAAGUGAUGUUUAACAACAAGGCAUUGUUCUCGGUCUUAUUUCCUUUUAGUUUGGCUGUAAAUGUAUGAUUAGCCCCCUUAAUAUAUUUGUUCUACCACUGUUGUGCAUCAACCUAAUGAACUUACCUAUCCUAGUUAACCUAAUUAAACUAACAGGUUAAUGAACCUAUUUACUUAAGAACCUGGUUAAUCCUUUGAAAUGCACUUUAAGCUGAAUAUGGUAUCUUGCAAAAUAACCAGUAAAAUAUUAUGUACUGUCAUCAUGGCAAAGACAAAACAAAUGAGUUAUUAGAAAAUAGUUAUUAAAACUUAAUUGUGUUGGGGAAAGUUAAUUUAGAAAGUAAUGCGUUACAGUAUUGAGUUACUCUCCAAAAAAGUUACUAGUUGCGUUACUUUUUAUGUUAAGUAAUGCGUUACAUUACUUUUGUGUUACUUUGUGUGUGUGUGUGGCCUGGCUGAGGCUUGAUCUCUUUCAGAACUUGCAGGGCUUCUUUUCUUCUACUUUCUUAAAUAGAGGAGCCCUGCAAUUAAUAACACACUGUACAACCAUCAUU